CUCUGCCACCUUCAUAAUGUAAGCACUCUCAUUGUGAUUAAUUCCAGUAGUCUUAUUCUGCCCACAAAUGCCUUAUUGCAUGUGUUCUCAGCCUCAAACAAACUUGCAUGGAGUACUAGACAUGCAACUGUAUUCCACCAUCACCAGACUAUUGAGGAACAUUUUGCAUUCUGGGAUGUGGAUAAAUAUGUGUCAUUAAUAACUAAUUUCUAUGUUUUAAGGCAAUUUCUUAUGGAAUCAUUACUGAAAAGUUCAAUCCAUACCCUUAUGGCUGAACUUUCAGCAUUGAAGGUCAAUCUUGGCUUGACUGAUGCCAACUUUAUUCAGUUUCACUCUGAAGAACAAUUAUAUCUGGACAACCUGAAGGCUCUGCCUCCAAAAGAACUCCUUCAGAUACACUGUAGAUGA